UAUGAAUUUCAAACUGAAACUACAUAAUAAUUGUACUUGCUAUGUCUCUAAAUAGGAGAAAGAUGCCUUAUACUUUAAAAGAUAACCAACUCAACCUGUGGUUUGAUCUUGAAGUGGGAAAAAUUGAUAAAAGGACUGGUUUUAUACUUUGUCACAUCCCGGGCAAGUACUCAACAAUACGUGACUGUGAUGUAUACGUGGCGGCAUUUGCAAAAUAUGUCAGCAUUGGAGAGUUAUCGAUUUCAAAGGAAGACCUUUCUGAUAUUGAUCAACACCGUCGACGCUGUGGAGCGCUCCUUUGGGAUUAUGCUAGAAAAAGGCAAGAGAUUGGUGCAAUUAGUGAAAGUGAGGUGACUAGAAGAUUAGUAAGAAGAAAAGGUGCACCAACUGCGAACAAGAGAACACAAGUCCGGAAAAAGAAGAAUUAG